AUGUCUGGCCUAUAUGUGACCGGCAGCAGCAUUCUACAGGAAACAAAGUGGUGUAUUGAAUCAAAUAAGAGCGCACCCCCGGAAACGAGUACCAUACAAAAGAGAAGAAAGGCCAAACCCCCCACAAAAGGGGUAGUACUAGUUGUUUGUGCUGAAAUAGUGCCAAGGAACUCUUACCAAGUUAGUGAUGCUCAGGAUUCUAACACGGUCACCAUCCCCUAUCCCAACCAGGUCGUGGUACCGGGUAUCUUUAAAGCAUGGGAAAGACUGUACCCAAAGAUGUCCGAGGCUGAGCGGCAGAUAGCACUAACACUCUUGGCAAACCAAAGUGUACCUGACUCACAGGCUGAGUCCGCAAGGAAAAUAACGUCAAAGCUUUAUAAAAGUUUAUUCAAACCUCUGGUUGAUAACUUCCCUGAGCUCAAGAUGGCAGGUGUCAAAGAGGAUGUCUGCUGGGUGGGGAUUGAGGACUAUUACUCUCUCCUUACCCAAGUCCCGAGUGAUGGGUUGAGGACCAAGGAAGGGUUGCGUGAUGUGGAUAGUUGUGUGGCUAUGUACUCAGAUAUCUCUAAGAGGUAA